CAUCGACCAUCCUCCUCAACAUUGAUAUCACGCAUUGACGGCCUCGACCUCCACGAUGCCGCCCAUUACACUCCCUUCUCGUCUUCUCGCCCUCCCCGCAGCGCUCCGCUCCCUCGCCUUCAAAUCCUCCAUCCAACCGGUUCAGUCCAUCUCCCGAUCAUACGCCACGUACAACACCAACGCAUCCGGCACUCCUCAACCUCAGUCCUCCGUCAACGACACCGAAGUCACCCACUUCAAUGCCCUCGCCAGCACGUGGUGGGAUCCACACGGCAGCAGUCGACUUUUACAUCUCAUGAAUCCACUGCGGCAUGACUUUAUAGGGAAAUGUCUUGGACCAAAUGCAUCGAUACACAAGAGCGGGAAGGGAUUGAGAGUUUUGGACAUUGGCUGUGGAGGUGGCAUAUUUGCCGAGUCCGCAGCGAGAAGACAGGAUGUGGAAAGUGUAACAGCUAUCGAUCCGAGUCCAGAGGUGAUUGCCAUUGCAAAACAACACCGCAGACAUGACCCUCACCUCAUGCAACCUGGCAAACUGGAUUAUCGCAACGUCGCGAUUGAAGGCCUGAAAUCCUCCGAUCACGAAGGUUUCGACAUAAUCUCCGUCUUUGAGGUGAUCGAACACAUCCAAUCUCCCUCCGCAUUUCUGGAACAGGUCCUACCUCAUCUCAAACCAGGCGGAUGGCUUGUAGGGUCUACAAUCGCACGUACUGGAACGAGUUGGUUCACGACAAAGUUCAUGGCUGAGGAUGUGCUGAGGAUUGUGCCGAGAGGGACGCAUGAGUGGAGCCAGUAUAUCAACCCGGGAGAAAUGAGGGAAUGGGCGAGGAGUCGGAAGGAGCUGGAUGUGGAUGUGGGUGGUGACGGGUGGAGGCAGAUGGGUGUUGUGUAUGUGCCGGGCUUGGGUUGGAGGGAGGUCAAUGGCAGUGAGAGUUGGGGCAACUACUUCUUUGGAGCAAGGAAGAGGAUAGUCGCGGAAUCGGGGAAGGAGUAGAUACUGCGGGAGACACGCCUGGGCCCGACUGGACGGAGAACGUAAUUUAGGCCAUGUCUACAGGACUUUGCAUAGACUCACCUCUUGGAUGGACGCCGGAAGACAACUCCAUCGAGGGUCCCGUUGGGGGAUUAUGAGAUCUGCACGGCGCCAUGGACUUUGAGCUUAGCAGACAGCACAGCCACCUCUCCGUUCAUUGCUCGGACUUCGACGCAGAGGCACUAGACAUAUCUGAAGAGCGCAGCGGGUCCACGGGACACACAGUUGGGUUCAAACUCGAAGGGCAUGUGGAUCUGAUCCGCUACAGACCUUGAGCUUGCCACGGCCAGACUAUUGGUUUCGGAUGUCAGAAACUGCAGGAGAUCGAGAAUUGGUCACGUGCUAUACCCGCAUAGCCCACCUCCGGCACCGAUUUCCACUCUGAACUACGCUCGUUAGUCACGAAUUCGUGCUCUUCCCGCUUUCGUCGCAGAAGGUACUUCGUAAGUAUCACGCCAGCAGGCCACGCUUGCCCUCUAUUGCCUUUUGCGAGGUCCUCGUGCAGGAGCAGUCCAGGGUCCAUCAGGCCAUCGAAGUCGACAAUCGUUGUUAAGGGCGCCUUGUGUGCCGCACUGCCCGACUGAGCAGUACCAGGUGGCUGGCGAGUCGCAAAGAACGACGAAGCUCAUAUGAUUCAUAAUCAUCUUACGGUGCUGCAGCAACAUGCGGCAAUCGUCGCUGUAGAUCACGGUCGCAGUAGCGGAUACCGGCACUGCGUUGGAUGAUCGCUGGUAGCUCAGGUGUUUAGCCUUUGCAAGACCUCGGACCUGCGUUGUCGUUCGACUUCCGACUCCGAACAAUGUGCGGGGCGGGCAACAUCAAAGUAACGCAUACAUGCGCAGUGUUGUUGUAUAAGUGUACGAAGGCAGCUGAUUCCACUGAUUUGCCUUCGAUCCCAAGCAUCCACCAUAUUCACAAUCAUG